AUGGCUGAACGACUACGCCAAGCUCAGCCGCGCGAUGAAGAGAGCACGGCAAGCGAGACGGACACGCUGCUUGAACGCAGCCAGCGCAAGGUUCACCGUCUCUGGAGCGGCUUUCUCGAUUUUGCCUUUCAAGGGAAUAUUCUACAGAUAGCUUUUGGCUUGAUUCUCGCCUCCAUCUUCACCGACCUGGUCAAGUCGUUUGUCGGCGACAUUCUCAUGCCGCCCAUCUCAGUCAUCUUGCCUCUCAGGCACAACAUUGAGGAGAAAUUCGCCAUCCUACGCAAGGGGGACAGUUACAACGGCACGGCUGGGUAUAAUACGCUGAGGCAGGCGCAGGAUGAUGGCGCCGUCGUCAUGGCAUACGGGUGA